AUGCCUUCCUUCAAGACCGCUGCUGCCGUGGUAGCCACUGCACUUUUCGCCGUCGGUGCACAAGCUCAGGACCAAUAUGUGAUUGAUCCCAACUCUGUUCCACUGGAUAUCCGAUCGCACUGGUGCACUUCCCAAAAGGCAGCUUGUCCUCUGCUCUGCCUGCAGCUCCCGGGCCAAUCGGCCACCACCAGGGCAAAUGACUGCGAUGCGCCCACUCUCGUCUACCACUGCAUCUGCGGCAACGGCCUAACCCCAAACGCAUCCCAAUACUCUCAAACCCUCCCAUACUUCAUCUGCCAGCAAUACGGCAACCAGUGUGUAACUGCGUGUAGCGGGAACACCGAUUGCCAGAAUUCCUGCCGAGUCGACCAUCCGUGUGGAGCUCAAAACCCCAGCCCACUCAACACCUCCAGCUCCUCCGUCAUGCCAUCAACUACCCGUGGCAGCGGCGGCAGCGAAACCACAGGCGGAGUGGUAUACAAUGGUAUCAGUGGUGCAGCCGAGACUACUGCGGCAGGCGGAGCUGGAAAGAAGAGCGGCGGCCAAGCCGCUUUGGAUAUGGGACAGAGCUACGGCCUUGCUAUCGUCUUCGCCAGUGUCUUCGCCGGUUUCGCUCUGGUGUUGUAG